GGUUGGAGGGGGUGCAGAGAGGCGUUGAAGUGCGAGCAAAAAGGAGCAGAGAGAAAGAGAGGGGAGAGAGAGUAGGGAAUUGGAAGCUGAGGUCUGGCCUCCUCUCUCUCUCCUCCCCCCCGUUCUAGAUCGUCAGUUCGUCACGCCUCUGUUUUUCUUCUUUUUGUCUAGUUGUUUUCUUCGAUUUACUGCGCUGUUCUAGUGAUGCAUUUGUCUCGCUUGUUUUAGGGUUUUUUUUGUUCUGUUUUUUUGAGAUCUUGUGUUUUUUUUUCCCGUGUGAUUUGUGUGUGUUUCGCCCCCAAUUUGCUGCUGGUGUGUUCCCGAUGUGAUCCGGAGGAAAAAAAGAUGUUUUUUUGUUUGAUAUACCACCUCCGAAUGAUCCUCUGUGAUUUUAUUCGUAAAGGAGGGAUUGUUUUUACUAUUUCUGGAGCAGAUCUACGUUCGUUUGCAUGUGAAGCUGGAGCUGCUGGAAAAAGCUACAUCAAAGCUUGAGGAGGAGAGGAAGGUGCAAAGGAAAGUCUUUCCUGGCUGUGGAGCUAUGACUUACUUCCCGGAUGAGGUGGUGGAGCACAUCUUUGACUUCCUGAGCUCCCACCGAGACCGUAAUAAUGUGUCGACAGUGUGCAAGGCAUGGUAUUUGGUGGAGAGGCUCAGCCGCCGGUGUGUAUUCGUCGGCAACUGCUACGUCUUGCGGCCUGAACGAGUAAUGGCCAGGUUCCCUAGAAUGAAGUGCCUCACUGUCAAGGGGAAGCCCCAUUUUGCUGAUUUCAAUCUGGUUCCCCACGAUUGGGGAGGCUAUGCGCUACCGUGGAUUGAGGCGGCUGCCCGAUGUUGCCCUGGUUUGGAUGAGCUCCGACUGAAGAGGAUGGUGGUGUCGGACGACAGCCUUGAGGUUCUAGCCCGCUCUUUCCCCAACUUUAAGGCCCUUGUUCUAAUUAGCUGCGAGGGUUUCAGCACUGAUGGACUUGCUGCGAUUGCUACUCACUGCAGGGGUCUUAGGGAGCUAGAUUUACAGGAAAAUGAAGUGGAAGAUCAUGGUCGGCAGUGGCUGAGUUGCUUCCCUGAUUCCUGUACUUCAUUGGUAUCUCUAAAUUUUGCAUGUCUAAAAGGAGAGGUGAAUACAAGUGCUCUUGAGCGACUUGUUGCUAGGUGCCAGAAUCUAAGGUGCUUGAAGCUUAAUCGAGCAAUAUCUAUUGAGUCACUUAUCAGGAUACUUGCCCAAGCCCCCAGUUUGGUGGAACUUGGAACCGGCUCAUUCACAGCUGACCACCUCACUGAAGCUUACCAGAAUCUAAUUAAUGCCUUCUACAGAUGCAAAUCUAUAAGGAAUUUGUCAGGUUUCUGGGAUGCUUCUCCUCGCUGUUUGCAGUCCAUAUAUUCCAUCUGUUCAAACCUUACUGUUCUUAACUUAAGCUAUGCCCCUGCGAUCCAGUGUAAUGAUCUAAUAAAGAUGAUUCGUCACUGUUUCAAACUUCAAAAACUUUGGGUAUUAGAUUGCAUAGGAGACAAAGGAUUAGCAGUUGUGGCCUCUGCCUGUAAAGAGUUACAGGAGUUGAGGGUAUUUCCGUCUGAUAUCUCUGGUACUGGCAUUGCUGCUGUGACUGAAGAAGGCCUUGUUGCUAUAUCUUCAGGCUGCCCAAAGUUGAAUUCUUUACUGUAUUUCUGCCACCAGAUGACAAAUGCUGCACUGAUCACUAUUGCAAACAACUGUCCCCAUUUCACACGGUUCAGGCUGUGUAUUCUUGAUCCCAGAAAGCCAGAUCCCAUCACUAAUCAUCCAUUGGAUGAAGGUUUUGGAGCAGUUGUGAAGUCGUGCAAAGAUCUGAAGAGAUUAUCAUUAUCAGGCCUUCUAACUGACAAGGUUUUCUUGUAUAUAGGCAUGUAUGCUGCACGUCUAGAGAUGCUUUCAAUUGCAUUUGCUGGAGAUAGUGAUAAAGGAAUGGUUUACGUGCUCAAUGGAUGCAAGAAUCUUAAAAAGCUUGAAAUAAGAGAUAGUCCUUUUGGUGAUGCGGCACUUUUGGAGAAUGUAGGGAAGUAUGAAACAAUGCGAUCCCUUUGGAUGUCAUCUUGUGAUGUUACUCUAGGGGGUUGCAGGGCACUUGCCACAAAGAUGCCAAGAUUGAAUGUUGAAGUUAUAAACGAGAUGGAUGAAAAUGAUGAGAUGGUGGAAAAUCCCAGUGACAUGCAUAGGGUGGAGAAGAUGUAUGUUUAUCGAAGUCUGACCGGGCCAAGGAACGAUGCACCAGAAUUUGUCUGGAUAUUUUAGAGUUCUUCACCUCAGGAUCAUGAGUAUUAGUAGCACAUAAGAAGCAUUCAGCAUUCUAGGAGGCAUGGAUAAACUGGAGGGUGGUCAGUUCCAGGAUAAGCUUGUCAUGUGGAGUGUCUUUUCCUUUCUGCAAUGUGCUUGAAGCCCGUCAUUCCUACUAUUAACCCUUUUUGUGUUAGGUAUUAUUUCUCAGAACAGAAGACACCAUCUAUUCUUUUCUAUCUCAAUGUUUCCCUGCACAAUCUACCAAAACACUUCUUGGUUGGUUUUCACCAAGUCAGGUCCCAAAGUUCAGAUUAUGAAAAUAAUUGUUAUAUUUAGUUAUACACUGUCAGGUUGUAGGUUGAUUAAGAAUCCACUUGUUACUUGUGAGUUA